AUGGCUUCAAGUUAUAGUUAUGACGAGGAGAGCACUCACGCACCGUUUUUCAUUAUCACCUUGGCCAGCAUUUUCGCAGUGCCAAUCACUUACAGUAUCUUCAAAGCUUCUCCAGACCUCGAGAACACUGGCGCCAGAAUACAGUCAGACUACAAGCCACAAGAUGAGGAUAUAAUACAAGCACAAAGAAGGAAGCAGAAGAGGAAGGAGCGCAAGACAAAACGAAUAGUGUCAGCAUGUGUUCUUUGGGGCGUAAUAGCCUACAUGAUCUACUUGAUCAUAGUCACUCAAAGAGUAGUACCGCAAAUAUGGGAUCCCUACGAUGUGCUGGGAGUAUCGAGGAGCGCCAGCGAAAAGGAUGUUGACAGACAUUACAAGAAACUCUCCAUCAAGUACCACCCCGAUAAAGCGAGACCGGAUCCCGCCAAGAACGAGACAAUCGAGAUGAUUAACGACCGAUGGGUAGAAAUGACUAAGGCGUACAAGACUUUGACCGAUGAAGAGGUCAGAAAUAACUAUCUGAUGUAUGGCAAUCCGGAUGGCAAACAGAGCACCAAUGUUGGAAUAGCUAUUCCACAAUGGAUCAUCGAAGGAAGCAGCCGGUGGGCAGUUAUCGCCUUCUAUGCUACACUGCUGGGCAUUCUGUUGCCAUAUGCUGUUGGCAAAUGGUGGUACGGCACACAAAAACUCACGAAAGACAGCGUGCUGCAUUCCAGCGCGGGCCGACUCUUCAAGGAGUAUAAGGAGGAUAUCACCGAAGGAGGAAUCCUUACUGCACUUAGUGUUGGUGACGAGUAUGGCGAAGUUUUGACUGGAGCCAGAGCUCACCAAGGCGCUUCCAAGGUCGAGUCCGCGGUCCUUUCGAGUGGCGUCCUCUCAGAGGCAGAUAUCGAGAAGCUCAAGGCAAUCGACGAUCCCUUGCGCCGAAAAGCCCUCUGUCUAUUGUGGGCGUACCAAGCACGUAUAAAUCUAGGCGACGAAGAGCUCAACCGUCAGAAGUACGAGGUCGCUCCGAUCGCAUUGCAACUAGAUCGUUCAUUCAGCAGCAUAACCCUCCCAUUCCUCCUAACUCAACCUCUUUUCAAUACCUACAAGACGGGCCAGAACCUGAUACAAGCACUUACGCCCUCCUCUGCUCCUGUCUUACAACUGCCACACUUUACUCCAGCUCUUGCAAAGAGUAUUUCAGGCGCAAACAGCAAAUCUCCUCUCACCAUACAAAAACUCAUGUCUUUACCGGCUGGACUUCGGCGAAAUCUGUGUUCACAGCUCACAGAUUCGCAAUACAACCAAGCGAUGAAUAUUGCUUCGCAAAUACCAGCCUUAAAGAUCGAGAAAGCUUUCUUCAAAGUUAUUGGUGACAGAGUUGUGACGCCUGGCUCUCUCGUCCAGUUGGUAGUCAAGUGUCGGGCUAUUCCUCCGGGGACUCCUGCCGCCACAGUACCAACGGUUGACUCGGCGGAUCUCGAAGAUAUUGACCCAGAAGAGGGUGACAUAGACGCUCUGAAAGGACGCAAGAAACCGGUGAACAGAAAACGUCGGAACAGCGAGGGCAAAGUCAUUGAUUCGAAAAUGACAGAAAAGGACACGCAGCCUCCUCUCGCAUAUGCUCCCUAUUUCCCAGCAGAUCAUGCUCCACGAUGGCACAUAUUCCUGGCUGAGAGCAAAUCGGGCAGAAUAGCCGUUCCACCAUUCACAUUCACAAGCUUUGACAGGCCGAUAUUCAAUGCCAGUGGGAAACCAACGUUUGAAGUCGUAACGAUGAAAUGCCAAUUCCAGGCUCCACCACAAGUUCACGCAUUCCCUUUUACGAUGCAUUUGAUCUGCGACUCAUACGUCGGAUUCGACCAGAAGAUGGAUGUUGUGCUUGAUGUGAGAGACGUAGGUGAAGCGAACGUCGUGGAAAGCGACGGAGAAAUUUCGGAGCCUGAUGAAGAUUCACUCGCUGGUCAAUUGCAAGCCAUGAAGACUGGUGAGGCACCUAAGCCCAGGAAGCAGAAGAAGACUGUAGAGGAAGAAGACAGCGAUGAGGAUGAGAGUGAUACGGAGGGCGAGCAAGAUGAUACGAGUGAGACGGAUACAGAGACUGAAGACGAGGCCGACUAG